ACCAGUGGGGCAUUUCUAAGCCAGAAACAUAUUCAACAUGGACCUUGUUCUUCUCUGUGUGUUCCUGCCACUGGUGACGGUGGCUUGGGGCCAGUAUGGGGAUUAUAACUAUCAACACUAUGACUACGGGGGUAAUGAUGGGUGGGUCAAUGUGUAUCGUCAGGGCUUCAACUUCCAGUGCCCCCAUGGCCAGGUGAUAGUGGCAGUAAGGAGCACUUUCAGCAAGAAGGAAGGCUCUGACAGACUGUGGAACUAUGCAUGCAUGCCUACGCCCCAGAGUCUUGGGGAACCAACAGAAUGCUGGUGGGAAGAGAUCAACAGAGCUGGAAUGCAAUGGUAUCAGACCUGUUCAAAUAAUGGACUGGUGGCAGGGUUCCAGAGCCAGUAUUUUCCAUCUGUGCUCGAUCGGGAGUGGCAAUUUUACUGCUGCCGUUACAGCCGGAGAUGCCCAUACUCCUGUAGUAUGACAACAGAACAGCCAGGACACUAUGGAGAAGAUAUGGACAUGAUGAUGUACGCUUAUGAUCAUUACAUCCGGGGAGCAACUACUACUUUCUCUGCUGUGGACAGGGAUCGUCAGUGGAAGUUCAUCAUCUGCAGGAUGACAGACUUUGACUGUCAAUUUCAAAACCUUUAGACAUACUGCCUAUACCAAACUUGGAGAGGCUGGGGUGGGUGGGAAAGGGGCAAUUAAACUCACAAAGAGAGCAUCAAGCAGCACCAGCUGGCUGCUGAAGUUACAGUUCUUCUCCUUUGCCUGUGGAGCUGUUAACCACAGUACCAGCCUACGGCACCUUUUAGUCUAGUAACAUGAUUGCAGCUGCAACCUCGGAGGACGCCCUUGAACGUUAUGUGUGGCUGCAUCUCACAGCUAAAAUGCUUAUGAUAUACACACAUUUUAUUAGCAGUUUAUUUCUUUUUGUAUUUAUCCACUUCGCACUUGUGCAACAUUAUUUUGCGUUGCGCCUUUGUGUCAAAUGCCUCCCGUCCCUGAACCACUGCACACAAGGUUAAAAUACAGUAGAAGCUCUCCCGUGUGCACUUUAUUACUAUUUCACGCCUUCUAGUUGGCACACAAUCCCCACUGGUCUCUCCCCCUUUCCCAGCGUUUAAUAACUGAGACUGUGCUGCAGAGAGAUUUCACAUUGCCAGGAUCUUGGCACUGUCCAUAUUGGGGAUUUGCCCCAAUUCCAGCCAUUGGUGUAACUGCACUAGUGCAAAUCCUUUGCGUGGACAGGCAAAGCCACUAUUUGCAUUAGAAGAAUUUACCCCUGUUUGAAAUCAGAGUCACCAGUGCAAACAGCAGCUUCAUCUGUUUAUAUUAGGAGCCUGAAUCUCCUUUAAACUUAGGGUAUACCUACACUUCGAGCUGGGGCUGUGAUUUCCCAGCUUGAGAAGACAUACUGGUGCUAGCUCUGAUCCAGAUAGCGGGCUAAAAAUAGAGCGUAGCAGCAGCAAUGUAGGCUGUUAGAGGGUCAGAAUCCCGGAUGUUCCUAGUCCACAUCAGAGUCCAUGCGGCUACGACUUCUAGAUUGGCCAUGCUCGCUAGAUUAAAGCUGGUGUGAGUGUGCCCAUACCAGCUCCAGUCGCAACCUCCAAGUUCAGUGUAGACAUAGCCUCAGAGUGAUGUUUGGAAAUGUUCACUUUCAAGUGUUCGUUUUCCCUUCCCCAUGUAAUCGGCAGUCCAUGAGCCUACCAGAUUUCAAGAGUGUCGCUCAAAAGGACACUUGUGCAGUUGCAGUCCAUCCAAAUGACCUUCUGAUGACUUCUGCCAGAAAGGUCAAAUAUGGGAUUUUUUACACUCAUGCCUGGUCUACACUGGGGGGGGGGGGUCGAUGUAAGAUACGCAGCUUCAGCUAUGGGAAUACCAUAGCUGAAGUUGACAUAUCUUAUUCCAACUUAACUCCCGUCCUCACAGUGCAGGAUCGAUGGCCGCAGCUCCCCUGUCGACUCCGCUACCACCGCUCACUCCGGUGGAGUUCUGGAAUUGACAGGGAGCGCGUUCAGGGAUCGAUAUAUCGCGUCUUAACGCGACACAAUAUAUCGAUUCCAGAUAAAUCAAUUGCUACCCGCCAAUACGGCGGGUAGUCUGGAUGUACCCUUAGAGACAUUUAGGGCUUGAGCCUUCGCCAAAUGAAAUCAACAACAAAGUUCCCACCGUCUUCAGUGGCACAUGAUCAGGCCCAUAAUGAAGACGUGCACCAAACUCAAGAUUCUAAGAUCAAGAGAAACACAGACAUGAAUGGAGUCAAUCAUUCAGUUACCCCAUCACAAGCAUCUCUCUUAUACUAGGUAUCUACUAGCAUACUAUGAAAUGUUAUAAUUAAAACAUUUGUCAAAUAAAUGAAUUAAGUACA